UCAGCCAAUGAGAAGUGGUGCGUGUUUCCAGCGGAGGGAGGAGGCGGAGGAAGGAAUGCUGCAGGAUGCUUAUUAUUAUGGCAGUCAAUCCCAGUGGCGAUUAGAUAAAAAGCCCUUUUUAAUGCGAGAUUUACGCGGAUGAUGUUCACCAUGUCCGCUGCCGCCGUCGCGGUGUGGCUCGGCACGGCUCACAUUGUGCAUGCCUACCACGUGGAACACGUGGAGAGAAAUGCCCCCAUGGAGCGAUCCACGGGGGGCUCGAAGUGGAGAACGUCCCCGUACAGAGACGUGGUCACCAUCUUGUCGAGAUCACACGCCGAUCGGAACGUCUACCCGUCCGCGGGAGUGCUGUUUGUCCACGUUCUGGAGCGAGAGCACUUCAAAGGAGAGUUUCCUCCCUACCCCAAAUCAGGUGACGCCAGCAGUGACCCGAUCACUUUCAACACCAACCUAAUGGGCUACCCCGACAGGCCGGGCUGGCUGCGCUACAUCCAGAGGACCCAGCGAAGCGACGGAGUGCUGUACGGCUCGCCCACCGCCGAGCACGUGGGCAAGCCCUCCGUCAUAGAGAUUACCGCCUACAACAGACGCACUUUCGAGACGGCACGGCACAACUUGGUCGUCAACAUCAUGGCCACGGAAGAGUUCCCUCUGCCCUACCAGGCGGAGUUUUACAUCCGCAACAUGAACGUGGAGGAGAUGCUGGCCAGCGAGGUGCUGGGCGACUUCCUGGGGGCGGUGAAGAACGUGUGGCAGCCCGAGCGCCUCAACGCCAUAAACAUCACCUCGGCGCUGGACCGCGGCGGCCGUGUGCCCCUGCCCAUCAACGACCUCAAAGAGGGAGUGUACGUGAUGGUUGGCGCUGAUGUUCCCUUCUCCUCGUGCUUGCGGGAGGUGGAAAGCCCGCACAACCAGCUUCGCUGCAGCCAGGAGAUGGAGCCCGCCAUCAGCUGCGACAAGAAGUUCAGGGCUCAUUUUCACAUCGACUGGUGCAAGAUCUCUCUGGUCGACAUCAACAAAGUGGUCCCGGUGUACAUUACCCGUUCCGAGCCGGGAACCGGGGUGCUGCCUGAAUUCGGGGAGUACAACCCGCCCUCUGAGUCCCUGAUGGGCCGGAACUACUUCUCAGACUUCCUCAUCACACUGGCGGUUCCCUCCGCUGUGGCUCUGGUGCUGUUCUUCAUCCUCGGCUACACUAUGUGCUGCCGACGGGAAGGGGUGGAAAAAAGAAACAUGCAAACACCAGACAUCCAGCUGGUUCACCACGGCUCCAUCCAGAAGUCCACCAAGGAGCUGCGCAGCAUGUCUAAGAACCGGGAGAUCUCCUGGCCCCUCUCCACCCUGCCCGUCUUCAACCCGGUCAGCGGCGAGGUGGUGCCGCCCAUCCACCCGGACAACUACGAGACCACCAGCAUGCCCCUCAUGCAGACACAGACGAAUCUGCAAAACCAGAUUACGAUACCACAGCAACGGCCAUCAGGAGAUAGUUAUGUCAUGUCGACAUUUCGAAGGCUGGAGGUAAAUGGUAUUCCUGAGGAGAGAAAGGUGGCUGAAGCGCUGGAUUUGUGACCAGAGACGACCGGUGUUGGAGCUUUUCAUAUCUAUAUUUUUGUUUUUUCUAACACUUGUGCCAAUCUGCAUGCCUCAGAUGUGUCUUCACAGCGAUUUAUACUUCAUGUUCAAGAGAUUAAAAACACAGUAGAAUAUUUUGAAAUAUUUAUAAAUGUUUGGAUUUGGAUUUGUACUUGCUUUGCACAAUGAAACGAUCAGGAGGAAAAGGGAGUUUUACAUUGAAGCGCUUCAGUUGUUAAGUGUUAUUAAUUAUAUGUAAUGUGUCACAUGGUAACAAUAAAUUCUUUUGAGAAAAGUA